AGUAUGUUUCAAUACAUAUAAUGUCACUGUGUUUGGGUCUAGAGAAUGGAGGCAAUGAUGGUGGAGCACCCUGUGUCCUCCCCUUUGUGUACAAGAGGCAAACCUUCUAUACCUGCAUCGAUCAAGAUACGAAGCACAAGGACUUCUGGUGUGCAACAACAGGGGACUUUGACAAGGACUGGAAAUGGAGCUACUGUGCUGAUACCAUUCGUAAUAUCUGUGUCUUCCCAUUUGUUUACAAAGAUGUAUCUUAUUCCUCUUGCACCAUGCGGAACGAUAAACAUAUGUGGUGUGCCACAUCAGUUGACCAUGACAGCCGAAGGAUGAAUGGCUGGAAACAUUGUAAAACUAAAGAGUAUGGAGGUAACGAUGGUGGACGACCCUGUGCCUUCCCCUUUGUGUUCAGGGGCGAAACCUUCCAUACCUGCAUCAAUGACGAUUCGCAGAUAAUUUUCUCCUGGUGUGCGACAACAGGGAGCUAUGAUAAGGACAAGAAAUGGAGCUACUGUGCUGAUACCAGAGUUCCAGGUGGCACCUUCCUGAAUAAAAGUCCGCGAUUCCAGUUUCCCUUUUUGGAUAACAUCAGGUGGAGGGGUAAAAGAAAGAUCAUUGAGGGCACUGACUAGAAGCCUUGCUAAGUGGGUUGUGCUGCAAUAAUUUAGAAGAAUCAUGACCCUGUUACCGAUAUAUAAGGUCUUGGGAGGGCUUUACCCUGUGAGGUGGCCUAAAAAUAAAUAAGAUUUGGCAUUGGAAAAUUAGUAAUCUUUGUCAAAUUGUAUCUUUGUGCUACAAAAAUAAAACAUUUCUUUUAGUUUGCUGGGCAGCAUAAAAAAAAAAGUAUGAUGAGUGAUCACUAUGAAAUAUGAUGAGCGCGGGAGAAAGUUUUUGCAACUGCAUGAAUGAGAUUGCAUAGUCUUCAUAGGAUGAAUGAAAAUAUGUACAUGUGGCUGGUUGUAUGUGAGAGUUUGUGUGUUCUAUCACACACUUCACCCAAACAUCCAAAAGCUGCCCAAUGGGUCUUUCACUUUCACUGGUUCAUGUCAAAGAAAUAUCUGUAGUAGAUAAAGUGAGUAUGAUUCAGUAUUCAGAGAUACCCUAGUUAAAGCCAGCACCAACCAAGCAAAGCUCUCAUGCCCAGCCAAUGCCCUCAGCCCUGAAGGGGACAGCCCUGCCACCCCAUUCAACUGUGGUCACUUCCUUUGAAAAUUCUACCUUCUCAGCCCCUCUCCUUGGAUAGAACUUAAUGCAAACACAUCAGAUCAAUACUUUCUGUACUGUACUAAAAAAAUGCAGACUGACAGUGUCAUCCACUCCUAACUCGGACAGCCACUUUCGAAGGAUAUCAUGGCUGAUGGUAUUGAAAGUCCCUGAGGGGUCAAUGAGAAUUAACAGAGACACAUUUCCCCCAUCUCUCUCCUGACAGAGGUCAUCGUAGAGGGCGAUCAAAGCAGUUUAUGUGCCCAAAUCAGGCCUAAACCUUGAUUGAAAUGGGUUCAUUUGAUAAAAAAACUCAACAUUUACUUCUUUCACUAUGAGAAAUGUUGGUGGCACAAAAUACCAUAUGCAUAGAAUGUAUAAUAGUUUCUCAUUUGCACAUAUUUGUGACUACCCAUCAUGAAUAGAAAGAACAUUUCAUAGAACUUGUGGCAUAUUGAGUUUACAAUGGAACCUCGGUUUACGAAUUUUCGGUUUACGAACGCCGCAGACCCAUCUGGAACGGAUUAAUUCACUUUCCAUUACUUUCAAUGGGAAAGUUUGCUUCAGUUUAUGAAUGCUUCAGUUUAUGAACAGACUUCUGGAACCAAUUUCACCCAUGCUUUGGGUUAAGUACACUUCAGGUUGAGUACUCUGCGGACCCGUCUGGAACGGAUUAAUCCACUUUCCAUUACUUUCAAUGGGAAAGUUCGCUUCAGUUUAUGAACGCUUCAGUUUAAGUACUCCGCGGACCAUCUGGAACAGAUUAAUCCACUUUCCAUUACUUUCAAUGGGAAAGUUCACUUCAGUUUAUGAACAGAAUUGUUUUCAUAAACCGAGGUACCUCUGUAUUGUCAACUGGGAACCGUGCUAGUCCUGUCUCCCAGGUUAUGACUCAUAUGUUUAUUGCUUUCCUACUUUAUAUUUGUAAAACUUUUUAAAUGUGCAUCUACAGAAUGUAAUAUGUGACACAGCCCUUAGAUUAAUAACAAGAAUUAGUUUGUUGUUGAUCAACAAGAUUACCUGGAACUGUUGCAUGAAUCAAUAAGAUAGUUUCAGAGAAGCCUGCAUUUCCAAGGGCAGGGAAUUGUUCAUUUUGCAAAAAAGAUGUUUGAAAUCUCAGACACUUUUAUAGAACCGGACACAAAUCUCUCAUGCUGUUUGCUUUUCCCAGCUUCACUUCAUUCCACUAGGGUGCUCUGAGAACAAAAUUGGACCCUGUUCCCAUUUUCAAUUAAAGGGUGUUGAGGGAACUGAGUUCAUCCUAAUUAUGUUGAGCUUGUUGCAUCAUUGCAUUGCUUGUUAUAUAACAGGUUUUCUUGGAUUUGCUGAAAGCCUUUUCAGCAUUUUUUUUCUCAAACUCCUCCUUUGUAACAAUGCAAUUUUUCUGUACACACUCAGCAAGCAUAGCCCAUUGAGAUGCUCCCCUGCCAUCAUCGACCUUAGUUGGAUCUUUGUUCUCUGCAAGGUACUGAAUGACCACUAUCCUGUACAAGUGGUGCAUGGCUGAGGAAGACAGAUACGCCAAUCGAAAAAUCAUGGUUUCUUUGUGCUUUCGUAAAAAAGCUCAACAAUUUUUCAUAAGAAAUAAAGCUCAACAACUUUAUUGGUGCCCUGGUUUUUACUUUUUGAAAUAUAGCAAACCCAGAAACGAGCAGAUUUUUUUUUUAAUGGACGCAGAAAAUAUUUCCAUCAGUUCGUGGAAACCAUGCCCUAUCUCUCAGUUGUGUUGCCAGUUGCGUUGUUAGAAUGCGACACAACAUCAUCCAAGUGUCUUCAGCAAGCAUUUCAAUUUCAAAUAUUCUGAUUAUUUCUAAUUUUAGUUAAGUGUAUGUGUUUACUUAAUUUAGGAGUGCUACCCCCCACUCCCCUGGCUACACCCAUGGUUACAUGUCUUGGAAUUGCUAAUAGAUUUCAGCAAUGAUAGAGGUCCUUGAAGGGAGUGUGGAGAGUCAGUGUGUCAGGAAUAUAACACCCCCCGCCAUUGCUAUUUUUCUAGAAAAAGAGGUGCUGGAACUCACAAGGAACAUCUCCUUUGUGCUCUUAUAUUGGAAAUGGCGCCCACCUGGGAGGUGCAGGAACUCAGUUCCGGUGAGUUCCAGUUUUUUAAAAAAAGGCCCUACUCCCCACUCCCAGAACAGAACAGUCAAUUCAGAAUGACAAUGAGGCGCUUCUGAAGCUGAGGUGUUGCUUUCAGGGCUUUGUACCGUAGCUAGCAAUGAAUUAUAGCUCAGACCUAACAUUAAUGAUUUGCUCAUUGCAAUUUCAGAAGUAUUACAUAUGUGGGAAAUCCCAUGCCAAAGCAGUGCAGGGAUACAGGAAAGGGGAGAAAAGACCAGAGCUAAUUUGUCAUGGCCCAGCCCAGCUGAUUGGCACAUACACACCUCUCUUGAGUUUCUUGUCCCAGUAUUUAGUAUUUGAGAUUCCUUUGUCUGGUAUGAGUGUCAUGCCUAUUUAUGGAGUGCAGUGUUUUGCAACCAUAAAUGC